UUUCCUGUUGCUGGGAAGGGCCGUAAGGGACUACUCGGCUCUAUAGGCAUCCUCUCUUCCAUUGCCGUCGUGAGUGUUUACACGUGCUGUGAACAGAAUGCGAUCUAACUAAAAGCCAGGCUUUUCGAGAUAAAUAGGUCCGCACCAUAGCAAAUAUCACAGGUUUCGAGUUUCGUGGAAGUAUCGUAUGCAGCCAGUCCCUUCUCUCUUCUAAUCUUCAUAUUCCUACCAAUCUCCCAUGUCUACGGAUACCGUGAUCUCGGAACGUGCAACACACCUAGACUUGCACGAACCUGACGACCAAUGGGAAGCCGAACUCAAGGAAAAGCUCUCUGUAGCCUUCAACGACAUGUUACGGCAGGCCAAGCAGAAGCUUGAGGAUGACCUUAAUAGCCUCGGUGGAGACAACAUUGACGCUGCUCAGAAGAAGAAGCUGAUUGGUGAGUACCAGGCCAGCGAACGCCAGAUCAAGAGCUACGCAACCCAGAGCUUCAGAUUCGAAGUCGAGAAGGAAAGAGAGCAGAGACGGUGGGCGGCUGGGCUUGAAAUGCGGACCGGAUGGAAAGAAGACCUAGAGAACGAGCAGAUGGCGAUCAUGAGUGGCAUUCGUAGACAAAGGACUGGCAGUGCCGGAGCAGAGUCAAACGCGAAUCCGAAAGGAAGAGAUAGGGAGUCGACACAGCCGGACCGUUUGUCUGAUUCGCGGCAGCAGACAACUACAACUACAACUACACCUACACCUUCAGCUACUCGCCCUUCACCCAUACCUAUACCAACUGUCCAGAGACGGUCAUCGACAUCAGGAACACCCGUCAACUCGGUGCCUAAGAAUCCAGAGGUGUGGAUACCACCGAAAUCUGCUGCUGAGGACAAACCGAACCUUCUUGGGCGCCGCACGAGUCAAGCCAGUAUACGUACGUCGCCGUCCCAGAAUUUUAGGCCGUCCGCCCCCAUUCCAGAGAACCAGAAACCAUCCAGCAACACAGACAGUAGGUCAUCGUCGUCGCACGUAUCGAAGGCAUGCGCUCCCCUUCCAGAGAUUCCGAAAGACACGGCGACCGAGAAUGAUCAUUCUGAAAGCCGGACGGCGUCGUCUCAGACUUCUCGGCCAUCUGUUUCUACUUUGGAGAAUCGGAAUCAUUAUGGUAAUCUAGACAGAGAUAGCCGGUCGUCGCCUUCGUACACGCUUCGAUCGGAGAACAACAGGCGCUCCAUUCCCGAACACGAUAGUGUAGAGCAUCAAACAACAACCACUGGACCUGUUAUCCCGAUACACGAGCAUGCGAAUGCAGAACGAGAGAAGGCUCGUAUGGCGGAGGCGGAUCAAUUGUGGGCAUCUCACACAAGAGCCAAAGGGAAGGAGAUCGAGAUCGAGAGGGACCGGCCAUCAUCACCUUUGCUACGAUCCGUUUCCAAUCAGGAUGUGGGCCCUCCCCCUCCCCCGCCUAUAGCUACGAAACCUGUUUAUACUCCUCAUCCAAGCCUGUUGACAACGUCGCGUCCAAGCAGCACGGCAUCAUCUCACCCACCAGCCACUCUGUACCAUCCUUUUCUGACGGUCCUCCUCCCCAUCGCCAGCCUUCUCUCGAUACGCCUUCCCCCUCUUCGUAUCGUCAACCUUCCCUCGACACAUCUCCCCCCUCCUUAAGCCGCCAACCCUCUUUGACAUUCUCCAGUAACAACUCCAACCACCAUCCCCAUCCUCGAAUACCGGAGUUUCCGCCACCACUGAUACCUGUUGAUG